CAAGGAGUCCUUCCACAACAACUUUGUCUCACUGGACUGUGACCAGUGCACCAUGGUCACCCAGCACGGCAAGCCCAUGUUCACCCAGGUGUGUGUGGAGGGGCGGCUCUACCUGGAGUUCAUGUUUGACGACAUGAUGAGGAUAAAGACGUGGCAUUUCAGCAUCCGCCAGCAUCGAGAGCUCAUCCCCCGCAGCAUCCUUGCCAUGCAUGCACAGGACCCCCAGAUGCUGGACCAGUUAUCCAAGAACAUCACCCGCUGUGGGCUCUCAAAUUCCACACUCAACUACCUCCGACUCUGUGUAAUCCUAGAACCAAUGCAGGAGCUCAUGUCACGGCACAAGACCUACAGCCUCAGUCCCCGGGACUGCCUCAAGACUUGCCUCUUCCAGAAGUGGCAGCGGCCUGGGAGGCUCCUCGGCGCGGGGGGAUGGAGUCGGGCAGGCCUUGGAGGCGAAACCCAGCCUGGGGGCCCCGGAGGUUGUCCCCCACUUGCGGGGGUCUGGGUGCAUGUGGAAAAUGACGGGUUUGCUGCAAUACCCGUUUGGGAAGGUUUUUAA